CGCGCCCCCAUUCAUUCAUUCUUCUCGGGAGCUUCCUCCAACAAAACCUCAUCCUCCUCCUCCAAGCAGCAGCAGCAGCAGCGCCGCGGCCGCGAAUCCCGGGGAGAGAGGAGAGAGAGGAGAGGGAGGAGAGGGAGGACAGGACAGAAACCCCGCGGGCGACAGAGGCCAUGGCUCAGGACGCGGCCACGUCGGAGCCGCCGCCGGCCAAGAGGAUCUGUGUUCGUUCCCCGGGUCACCAGCACCACCACCACCACUACCAACAGCAGCAGCAGCAGCAGCUGAAGCAGCAGCCCGAGUCGUUGCUGGACCUCAGCGCCAAGGCGGUGGCGCAGUGGUGGCCCUACGAGCAGGUGGAGGCUCGCUACAGCCGCGUGCCCGAGCCCGUGCAAAGGAGGAUCGUCUUCUGGUCGUUCCCGAGGAACGAGCGAGAGAUCCGCCUCUACUCCUCCAUGCUGUGCGGCGGCGAUGACUCUGCAGGGGGGGGCCCGCCGGGUGGCGGAGCAGCCGCGGGGGGGGGCACGGCUGGAGCCGAGGACGCGGAGUCGAGGCUCCCGUUCCGACGGGGUCUGCAGCUGCUGGAGCGCGGGUGCGUGGAGAGCGUGCUGCAAGUGGGCUUCCACCUGAGCGGGACCGUGACGGACUCGGACCGGACUCUGCGCGUCGCGCUCAGCUUCGACCGCUGCAAGCUGACGUCUGUGAGCUGCGGCUGCGGCGAGCGCGGCAUCGUGUACUGCGCUCACGUCGCCGCGCUGGCGCUGCACCGCAUCCGGCGCGCCGAGCGCGUGCAGCUGCGCCUGCCCAUCUCGGAGACGCUGUCGCAGCUCAGCAGGGACCAGCUGCAGAAGCUGGCACAGUACCUGAUCGCGGCGCACCACACCGAGGUGCUGCCCACCGCCCAGCGGCUCGCCGACGAGAUCCUGUCGUGCGAUUCGCAGAUCAACCAGCUCCACGGAGCCCCGGACCCCACGGCGGGCGCCGCCAUCGACGAUGCCAACUGCUGGCACCUGGACGAGGAGCAGGUGCGUGAGCAGGUGCGGCACUUCCUGUCGCAGGGCGGCUACUUCUGCGCCGGCAAGCAGCUCACCUCCAUGUUCGCCAAGGUGCGGGAGAUGCUGAAGAUGCGUGACUGCAACGGCGCGCGGAUGCUGACGCUGAUGACGGAGCAGUUCAUGGCCGACCCUCGCCUCUCGGCGUGGCAGCACCAGGGCGUGGCCAAACUCGACAAGUUCCGCCAGCUGUGGGACGAGCUGGGCUCGCUGUGGAUGUGCGUGGUGCUCAACCCGCACUGCCGCCCCUCGGAGCGCGCCGGCUGGCUGCGUCUCCUGCGCCGCUGGGACGAGACGGAGUUCUGCCCCUCGGAGGACGGCAACCCCAGCGGGGACCUCCUGGAGCCGGUGGGGGCCUUGCCGGGCGCGCCCCUCACUGAUGGCGCUCGGCGACGGCGCACCGUCUUCGCCCGCGCCGUCGAGGCCGGGGAGCUGGACUGGCGGGACGCUCACCUCCAGAAGAUCAUCGCCGGGGACUACGAGACGUGUAACCAUGGUGACGCGCAGCAGCACCAGCAGCAGCAGCAACAGACGCAGCAGCCCCAUCUGCUCGGAGCCCGAGGACGGCCGCUGUGGCAUGAGUAUUUCCCGACGGCGUGCGCGCGCGUGGAUGCGCUGCGUUCGCACGGCUACGCCACGGAGGCGCUGCGCCUCGCCGUGACCGUGGCGUCCACGCUGCUCUUCCAGCAGGAGAAGCAGCUGCGCGAGUACCAGCAGCAGCGCAAGGAGUCGCUGCACAAGGAGAGCACGAGCGUCAUGAACCCCGAGGGGUGGGUGGGACACCCGCUCGACCCCGUGGGGACGCUGUACGACACGCUCACCGAGGCCUGCCGCUCGGGGGAUGAGUCGGGGGUCAGCGCCGACAGCUCCGCCUCCUCCAAGGCGCCGUCGUUCCACCACGUGCCGUUCCCCGGCGGUCGAGACGGCGAGUCGUACCUCACGCUGGCGCUGGAGGUGGCGCUGCUGGGCCUGGGGCAGCAGCGCUGCAUGCCGCCGGGCUCCGCCGCACAGCGCCUGGCGUGCAGGCACGAGGAGCAGCUCAUCGGACGCCUGGGGGAGCUCGUGCUGGACGAGCCGCUCGGACGGGUCCUGCGACGCCAGGCGGAGCUGCAGCUCGACGGAGGCCCGUACAGUGGCCUGGGUAAGGUGGUCCACAGGGAGAGUGUGCCCAUGCACACGUACGCCAAGUUCCUCUUCUCUGCGCUACUGCCAUGGGACGCCGAGCUCGCCUACUCCGUUGGCUUCCAGGCCAUGAGGUUCCCGGCGCUGCUGUCCGCCCGCGACUCCAGCCCCCCUCCACUGCUGCCCACGUGGCCCCUCCCCUGGGCCGUGCUCGACCACCUGGAGACGCAGCAGUGCGAGCUCGCGUCCACCAUGCUCACCUCAGCCAAGGGCGACAUGCUGCGCGUGAGGAUGGUGCUGCGGGCCAUCAAGAUGCACAUGCGGUCCCCGCGUCUGCUCUUCCGCCUGGCGAAGGACGCGUUCAAGGUGUCCACGGAGGGGACGCGCGACAACCGCAUGCUGGCGGUCGGCUUCUUCCUGGGGCGCACGUCGGCUCAGAUGACCCUGCGAUCGGCGAACUGGAGACGGCAGGAAAUGGUGCGAUGGGUGGUCACCGCUGCCACGGAAGUCGGCAUGGAGGCGCUGGUGAACCUCAUGCAGAGCUGGCAGCAGUUCUUCACGCCCGUGGAGGCCACCACGAUCGUGGCGCCGGCCAUCACGUCGCACGGCCUACGCUCGCACCAGCCGGGCCUGUGCCCCGAGUUCCCGCGGCACGCCGAGGAGCUGGCGGGGCUGGCCCGCGCGCUCGCCUUGGAGUGCGCGGUGCGCGACCCCGCCAACUGCGCCUACUCGGCGCUCACGCUGUGCGAGAGCGACCCCCGCGCCUUCGACGCCGCCUACCGCGUGGUGCUCGACUCGGCCGACAGCGGCGCCCUCGCCUGGCUGCAGCUCUUCACGGUGGCGCGCUUCAUGGACCACCGCGGCUACCCGCUGCGCGCCUACAAGCUGGCGGCGCUGGCGCUCGCCCGCCUCUCCAUCGCCCACAACCAGGACACGCACCCCGCCGUCAACGAUGUGCUGUGGGCGUGCGCGCUCGCGCACUCGCUCGGCCGCAACGAGCUGGCCGCCAUCAUCCCGCUCGUCAUCAAGGGCGUCGAGUGCCCGACGGUCCUCGCCGACGUCCUGCGCCGCUGCACCAUGGGCCCGCCCGGCAUCCUGAGCCGGCGCCCGGCGUGCCCGAGGGGGUCGUCGGCCGCCGCGGCCGCCGCCGUGGCGGCGUCGAUGCCGCUCCCGGCGGAGCAGCCGCCGCUGCGCCAGCUGCUGGAGACGACGCUGUCGGCGUACGUGCGCACGGCCCACUCGAGGCUGGCGCACAUCUCCCCGCGGCACUACGCCGAGUUCGUGGACUUCCUGUGCAAGGCGCGCGAGGCGUUCUCCCUGUCGCCCGACGGUCACGUGCAGUUCGGUCGCUUCCUCGAUGGCCUCAAGCAGACGUACAAGGGCAAGAAGAAGCUGAUGCUGCUGGUGCGCGAGCGCUUUGGGUAGAGACGGUCGGGGCGCCGCCGGUCCUCGGGCCACGCGACCGCCGCCGCCGCGUGCCAACGCCGGACGUGGCUUGGGUACAAAAUGGCGAAAGACAAAAUACGAUGACGACGAUGAUUUUUGGACGUCUUGUGAACCACGAGUUGAUAUAUAUAAAUAUAUAUAUGUGUGUGUGUGUUUGCGUGAAACCGCACACCCAUGGUAAUUUGAUGUGCAGGAGGCUGAACAUGGUUUAUAAUUUGCACAGCGGAGAGUGAUCAUUGUUGAUGUUUUUUCUGUUUAUACCCCCCCCCCCCCCCCCCCCGAGCAAGGGUUGAUCCCACACAGCUUUUUGGCUUAAAGGAGGUAACAUCAGCUCCCCUGGUAUUGUUUUGGCUGCCCUGAUACGGAUCCUCUCGGCUGGAACUUUAGCAAAACCAGAGCGAGGUUACUUCGAAGGCUGGAUUGUGUUUUAAAACGAAGCCACCUCUAAACCUAAAACGCUCUCCCCGAGUAGAAACCGCUUAUUAAAGCGUGUGCCACAUUGCCCGCUGCAUCCCGCCCCGUGGCCGCUCCAUCGUCGCAAUUUCAGAGAUUGUUCUUCGGAAUUGAAAUGGAGAUUUUGUGUGGGAUGAGCCAGAGAGAGCCGGGAAACCCUGCUUUAGUUCUGUCGCGAUGCAGGGCGCACGCUCCUCGCACCCGAGCAUGCAAAAACAGAAGCACCUGGUGGCAAGCGUCAGUUGAAACAAACUGGGCAGCGGCGGUGCCAUGAGUGGCCUGCUUCUCUGGUGCUGCAUUUUUCACGACCAGCGGAAUGCCAAGCCGUGCUAGAGAGGUUCUCGGAACGGUUCGGCGACUCGAUAUUUGCCCCGAUGUCUGUCUCAAGAGUCGCGCACGGCUCUGUGGGCUUGACCCCUCCCUCUUCAUCCCUCUCACCCUUCCCCUGCCCUUCACAGCCGCACUGAAGUGAUUGUAAUUUUUUGUUACAAGGCAUAAACGUAUUCAGAUACUGUAUUAUUAUUAUUCAUAAUUUACACAAAAAACACAGUCCUAAAAUUUGACCUGAGAGAGAGGGUCGCCGGGCACUCGUGUCUUUCCCAACUGGUGACCCUGCGUUUUCCAUGCUGACCCCGUGACGUCACGACUGGCGAUGAAGGUGGCCCGGGGCAACACGGCGCAGCUGCAUUGAACAACAUGAUUUGUUUAAAACGAACAGCGCUUGCACGGUUAGCGCUGGCGUGGCCACAUGAGGCUGCCGUGGGGAAUCUGGGCCGGGCCCACCGAGCCCAGCUCUCUUGCCACUGGUCGUGAGGACACGGGCAUGGGAAGAGACCAGAGGAUAGCCCCAGUCCCCCACCCACUGGGCGCUUGGCCUGCUCGCUGCGGCUUCUGGCGGGACGACGGAUUCGUCGAUGUUGUGAGCGAGUCGUGCCGGGUGCUGUGGCGUGUUCCCCGCGAGGUGGGAAAUCGCGCUCCCCUCACCGCAAACAACAAUGAACAAAGCGCCCAUGACUGUCGCCGCCUUCUCCUCAUCUAGUGCGGGUGCUUGGGUAGGUUGUUGCCAUUGCCUGUUAUUAAGAAAGCCUCGUGUAUGCGUUUUUAUUUUUGUUCCCUCUGCUUCCGCAGUCAACCAAGGGGGUUGCGUUUCGUACUUUCUGUGCCGCACACGUCACACAAUCGUGCUUUCUUGGCGAGCCAUUUCCGCUCCGUGUAAACAGUCGUGAGGAGGAAUCUUUAAAGUGAUGUGCUUCAUCCUCAGGGAUAUUUAUAGAUAACACGUUAUAUUCAAACGAGAGUUACCAUGUACAUACGAACGAUGCACAGCCACUAUAGACACCUAUUGCUGUAUAGUAUUAAUAUUAUUUAAUUUAUGCCGUGAACGGUGAGUCGUGAAUUUAUAUUGUUUUUUUAUUGUAAACAAUACUUGAAUUUGUAGUGAAUUAAGUUAUGGAUACAUGACAACCAGGAGAACGGAGGUGCGUGUGAAGUCCGUAUUUCUGCCGGAGAGGACAAAGUUUUUUGGCGCUAUGCAGAACGGCCCCAAUGCGUGCUUUUUGUAAACUUACGUUUGGCUUUCACAUUCUGUGCUUGUUAGAGGUAAUUUAGAGGGAUGAUGGAAGUAGGAACAUUUGCAGUGCUAGAGUACAAUUGGGGAGGGAUAUCUUCGUCGGUGUGGUCCCCAACGAGAAUCGUUUUUUUCCGGUGGGGGGGGUGGGGGGGGGCUGCUGCGACUUUGCAAACAGCAGCAGCACGGGAAGCGAAACACCCAGCGGAUUCUCACUCCUCACGUUCGUCCUGAUACCUCGAGCUGCCCAAAAUAGCUCCAUUUCCUCACGUAUUCCCCCCUUUUCCUUUAAGGACAACAAUCACCUUGAAAGUAAAAAAAAUCCAAAACAUUUGUAAGUUUUUUGCUGCCUUUUUUUGUAAACAUACCCGGUUGUAAAGUUUGUGUGUGUGGAAAAAAAGUAUUUAUUUUAUUGUCUGUUUUGAAAGCAGUAUUUGGUUUUAGUGCGCGUGGCCGGUUGUAUAAUUGAGCCGGCUUGAAUUAUUUGGUAACGUUGGGUCCACGCGAUAUGGAACUGGCUCUGUUGGAAGCUUUGCGUCAGGGGCCUGCAAUCUUGUGUGGGGCCGAGCCCGGCAGGUGACAUCGGCAGCACCAGAUGCGUCAUUGACCCCUUGGCCGUCGGCCCCCCAUGACAAACGGGAAUCGCCUCCAGGGCCGGUGGCUCGCUGCAAAACGGGUUCCACCACGGGCUUGAGCGUGAUCGAGAGCAGUGUUCAUCUCGCCGGCAUUUUCGUCUUAGUCUGGUCGAAGGCAUCCUGUGGAAUUAUCGUCGAGCCUUCGUAUCAGGAUUUCAUUUAGUAAUUAAACAACCAACAAAAACGCUGACAAUGAAAUCUAACAAAGAUGUGACUUUCUCAAUCAACACUAAUGAAGACCAAGGUCUCCAUGUCCCAGAGUGGUUUCUGACGUCGCCCCCGCAGUUCUUCGGUGCCCUAUCCUGUCUGCGGGAGGGCCCGUGCGGGGACCGAUCGCAGGUUUUGGUGGCCCAUCUGAUUGACGAAACGGGCUGCGUUGUGGCAGCAGUGAAUGGGGUACCAGCCCUGGCUCGUGAUGCUGCGGGGCUCUUCGAGUGGCCUGACGUUGCCACGUCAUUAGCACUCGUCGGCGAUUGGGCUGCAAGUUCCCUCUGCACGGGCCUGAACCCCCUUUCUGUGUAACACGAGCCAGCGCUGAGCUGGUUCUGGGAUGGAGGCCUUGGUUUCACAGCCGCAGCAAGCGGAGUCUGCCCCUGUGCUCUCUCCUGCCAUGUCCCACCGUCGCCGCAAUCUCGUGGUGCUGUAAGCGCUAUUAGGCAUGUAGCGCUGUUAGGACUAAUAGCUUCUUGAACCCUUUUUUUCCAUUGGCACAUCCGAGCCGAGGCAAGUGCAGGCCCCUCAAGGUUUACGGGUGGGUUUCCACUCGAUAUUAGCCGAGCCGAACCCCAAACCAAACCAUAAUAUUGUGUCCUCACAAGACAUUUGAAUCUGGCUCAGGACUUAAGCAGGGUCCGGGCUUGGGCUAAAGAUGCGUUAAGUACGCGUGACAUCAGCGGCAACGGCUCUGCUUUAGCAGCUUACAACAACCCGGCCACCUCCUCCUGCACCACGCCGUGUUGGCUCUGCACGGCUCAGUUGUACAGUGAAAAAGAAGUCUCUUUGUGUUGGGGUGGGGGAGUGAUUUGUUUCCGGAAAGUAUGGCCCUUGCUUGGUCCGCCUCACUUUCACUCGUUGCCUCGGCCACAUUGGCCAAGCGCGCAGGGCCUCUUCGUGACCACGCAGGACUGCUGUGUAGUGUACAGCUCAUACAGCUCAAACCUUGCAGCCGUGUGUCCACUUACUAGAUGUAGCGUUCAUGUCUUUUUGCUACCACGCAAUUAUUCGGUUGGUUAAAGCUGUACAUAGGCAAAUAUUUUAUAUCUGGGACACCACUCAUUUAUUUAAUAAAAUGUUAUGUUUUGA